GUGUGCAGGUGUACGUGUGUGUAGAUGUGUGACAGCGGAGUGUGUGAGGACAAGCCCCCCGCCCCCCCUGUCAGGAUGAGCAGCCAAGGAGGAGCCAAGGACCCGCAGUCGGCCAAUCACAACUCUCGCCCACUGCCGUCUGUACCGGAGGAGAAGAAGUCCAGAAACAAGAUCAUCUCCAUGUUUGCCUCUGAGAAAGGAGGCAGGAAGAAGGACCGCGACAAGGACAGACCCGAGAUCUCCUCGCCCUCAGACUUUGAACACACCAUCCAUGUGGGCUUCGAUUCGGUCACUGGAGAGUUCACUGGCAUGCCGGAGCAGUGGGCCCGUCUCCUCCACACCUCCAACAUCAGCAAAUCAGAACAGAAACAAAAUCCUCAGGCUGUCCUCGACAUUCUCAAGUUUUACGACUCCACCAGUGGAAAACAGAAAUACCUCAGUUUCUCCGCCUCGGAUAAAGACUCGCAGUCGUCAGGAAAGCAAGGUACAGCCACCUCCAAAUCAGGGGGAAAGGAUGGAGACGACGAUGACGAAGACGACUCGCCUCCUCCAAUCGUGGCCCCGCGGCCAGAACACACAAAAUCAGUGUACACGAGGUCGGUGAUUGACCCGAUCCCCGCUCCAGAAACGGACGGCGCCGCUAAGGGGGCCGACCGUCAGAAGAAGAAGCCGGGAGGCAAGAUGACUGACGAGGAGAUCAUGGAGAAACUUAGAACUAUUGUCAGCAUUGGAGAUCCUAAGAAGAAGUACACUCGCUAUGAGAAGAUCGGCCAGGGAGCAUCUGGCACAGUUUACACAGCCAUAGAUGUUGCCACAGGACAAGAGGUGGCCAUCAAACAGAUCAACUUGCAGAAGCAGCCGAAGAAAGAGCUGAUAAUCAAUGAGAUCCUGGUCAUGAAGGAGAUGAAGAACCCCAACAUUGUCAACUUUGUAGAUAGUUUCCUCGUAGCAGACGACCUCUACGUGGUGAUGGAGUACCUGGCGGGUGGUUCUCUAACUGACGUGGUGACAGAAACCUGCAUGGACGAGCCUCAGAUCGCGGCUGUGUGCAGAGAGGUCCUCCAGGCUCUGGAGUUUCUCCAUGCCAACCAGGUCAUCCACAGAGACAUCAAGAGUGACAACGUCCUGCUGGGGAUGGACGGAUCAGUGAAACUCACUGACUUCGGCUUCUGCGCCCAGAUCACCCCCGAGCAGAGCAAGCGCAGCACCAUGGUGGGCACCCCGUACUGGAUGGCUCCGGAGGUGGUGACCAGGAAAGCCUACGGGCCCAAAGUGGACAUCUGGUCUCUGGGAAUCAUGGCCAUAGAGAUGGUGGAGGGAGAGCCUCCAUAUCUGAACGAGAACCCUCUCAGGGCUUUGUAUUUAAUCGCCACCAAUGGGACUCCGGAGCUUCAGAGUCCAGAGAAGCUGUCUCCCGUCUUCAGGUCCUUCCUGUCCCGCUGUCUGGAGAUGGACGUGGAGAAACGAGGGUCAGGCCGAGAACUCCUGCAGCACCCAUUCCUGAAGCUGGCCAAGCCUCUGUCCAGCCUCACCCCGCUCAUCCUGGCAGCCAAGGAGGCCAUGAGGAGCAACCGCUAACUGUCUGCACGGACUUUAAGAUGCCACUGACAGGGAAAUCCUCCAGCCUCUCCUACUGGUCGACGCAUGACGACCAUCGGCAAACUGCUAGUGUUAUAAUUGUUUUUCAAAGGGGUCACAAAACGCCUAUCCACUUUCUUCCAGUGUUUUCUUACCUUUGGUGCCUUGUUCUAAAGCUGCAUAAAGCCAUGAUGUGUUUUCCAUGUGCUGCAGCCAGAGUAUGUUUAUUUGGUGGGUUUUACUCUGGUUACUACAGUAUGCAAUCCAGGAAUGUGGUUUCAAUGUUGCAAAGGUUCAAGACUCUUUACAGGCUAAUGGGCCAUAUUCAUAUACACUAGGAGUCCUCGGAGAAGACGCUUUAAAAAAGAGUUUUCUCAAAAUAACAACCUGCUGCUGAGAGCUAAAGAAGAAACUGGGUAUGGCCUUUUCCUAUAAGACAUAUGGAUUAAUACGUCCACUCGUUUCUCUACAGUGAUUGGUUGACAGGUCUGUCAGUGAACAAAAUCAGGCAAAGACAUUUCUAUUUCUUCAGGGCUGCAAACUAAACAUCCUCAAAUAGUGGCAUGUUGUGCAAAGCAUCGUCUGUUAGUGAGUGGGGCUUUUUCAUUCUUGUGUUUUUGGCCCAUCAGGUUAUGACUUGUGAGCGAGAUCUCGUGCUGAUUUGCCCUCUGAGUUUCUUGUUGGGGUCUUAGAAUGUGCCGUUAUUUUUUAUUUCUUACGACUCAGAAAGUUUGGAGCUAGUUUAAGAAUUAGUUGGUUUUUUUUAAAUAAGGAAAUCAUCAUUAAAAUGUAGUGUCAUGUAAAGGAUUUGUAGGACAACACAAGAUAUGAAGAGUGGGAAAUGUCCAUGUGUGUGGAGAGAUGGAACUUUUGCAACUGGUUUCUACGGUUGCUCUUUCUGCGGAGACACGUGCAUCCAGACUGGGUCCAAUAGUACAAAGAAAAGAGGCAUGGAAAGUGUGUAAUGAUAUACUGGGCUGUACUGUGGCCCUCAGCAUGGGACCCUGUCGUCUUUGUGCAGAGGAGAAGCCAUUAUCAGUAAGUAGUUUGACGUUCAGUUUGUUAUACUAGGCAAUACAAAAAAAUGGCUUCUUUGGGUGUAUCAACCCCAGAAUAUAAUUAAUUUAACUUCACACACUUCUGCUAUCACACUCUUUGUGCAGGUUGUUCUACAAACUGCACAACACUGUAAAAACAUUUCUAUCGAUGUGCUUGUCCUUAGCUGUGCCUUUACAAUAGAUGCCUUACACACAUACUGUAUCAGACUGUCUGGACGUGUUGAACUGGAGGUUGCUUCUUUUGUUGUUGUAUAUUAUGUUUUGGUGAUGUCCUGUAUUUUUUAACAGCUUUCGAAAAGUAUGCAUUGUUUUAUAUUUGUAACUAACACAACAGAAGACCAUUUUUUCCCCCUGAACAUUACAACCUUUGAUAAGCCUGAGACAAUCAAGUCAGACUUGAGUCGAGAUGUAUUAAGAAAGUAUUGUUUAACCUGCUUUGAGUACCACAUGAGUCUUGGUUUAUACCUCUGUUUCAACGUUUAGGAAAGCAUUUUAAAUCAUUUACUGAACGUGCCUCUGUCAGAUUCAUCGUGAAUCCCACUCGUAUGGUACUUAACAGGUUGACACACAAACUGAGUACAUUUCAUUACUAUGAACAGGCUGGGAAACACUGAUAUGUGGCUUUUUGACAAGAACACACAUUCCAGUUGUAUACAUAAAAUAUGAGUGAUUGAAAAGUCUGAAAUGAUUGUGUUGUUGUUAAUUAUAAAACCAACAACUUCUGGCGUCAAAUAUCAUCAAUACAUUAUGUAAAUUAUUAUUAAAGGUGGACUUAAAUUGG